AGAAUGGUGAUUUGAAAGUCCUGUUCUGUAUUUGAAUACUAAGUGUUAUUAUUAAUUAAAAUGUUAAGAUAAUUACGUAUAUUAAUAAAUAAAAAAUAUAUCUUAAUUGUAAUUGUGAAGUUUUUUUUAACCCUAAAUACUACAAUGUCAUCUGAAUUUGAUAAAUUAUGUAUUUCAACUAUGAAAGAUCUUGAAGAAAGUAUUUCUAAAAUGAAAAAAAUGAUAUUAUUACCAUUUCCUAUUUAUGAAAAUAUGAAUAAAGCUGCAGCUUAUAUUAAUUAUUGUUUGAAAAAAUAUGAAUUAGCAGCUUUUUACCUAUCUGAAUCACAUGGUGGAGGAAUUCGUUCAAAACUUUCUUUAUCCAUACAUCCUAAUACUAAUAUUGAUACAGAUCUAAAUGAUUGUUUAUCACUAAAUUCUAAAUAUGUUAAUGAUGGCUACAAUGGUUUGUUGAAUCGCUUAAAAGAAAUGCCACCUGAAUGGACAUUGAUUCAGAUUACUAGAAGUUAUGAAUCAAAAGAAAUAGUCACUCCACGACCUGCAGAAAUGUCAAUGGAAAUGACUGAUCUAUUUAUUACUAGAUACCAAUGUGGUCAACUCUGUAACAAAAUAAUACCAUUCACUGUAAAGAUAAAUAAACCUACAACUAGCCUUGGUCAAAAAUCAAUUUUUGAAGUCUUAAAAAAAAGUUUGGAUGAUACAAAUGAUAAAAAAGUAAAAGAUCAUUCUAAAAUUCGUAACUUAAGAGAAGCUGCAUCAAUUUCUAUUCAAAGUAUUUCUCAAGAAAUUCAUUCAAGUUGGUUGAAACACUGGAUUUGUUUGCUUAUGGGUAAUUACAUUGAUGUCAAACUUGCAAAUGAAGUUUUGGAAGUGAUUGAUAAUGUUAUUAAGAGUGAAAAUAUUGUAAUAAGUGAUCGAUCAAGAAUGAUUUUAUAUCAAAUAACUAAUGCUGCUGUAAUGUUAAGUGAUAUUGAAAUAAAAAAUGCUCUUCAAGAAGUAGAAUGUAAAGAAGGUGAUAAAAUUAAAUUGGAAUUUGCCAUUAAUACUUAUCGAUUAAAUGGAUCUUAUUUAGUUACAAAAAAAAGAUAUGCUGUUAUGUUAAUAUUAGAUGAGCACUUGGAAUGUUUGCCAUGGGAAACAAUUCCUUAUCUAAAGAGACAUCCAGUCUCUCGAGUUCCAUCUGUACAUGUUGUUCACAGAUUAUUUGUUAAGCAUAAGAGUUCCAUAUGUAACGGAUUAAUGGAAAUAAAUACAAAUGGUUACUAUAUGAUAAAUACAGAUAAAACAUUAUCAAAUGCAGAAAAAAGGAUGUUAUCAUUUUUAAAAGAAAGAGAUAUAAAUUGGCAAGGUUUACAUAGUGAAGAACCUACUUCAGAAAAAUUUACUGAAAUUUUAAGAAAAAAUAACAUUAUAUUGUAUUGUGGACAUGGCAAUGGAACUCAAUAUUUACAUAGCUUAGAAUUAGACAAACUAGAUCUACAAUCAGUUCCAAUGUUAUUUGGAUGUUCUAGUGCCAAGCACUCAGAUAAAGGUGGAAGAACCAAUUUUGUAGGUGCUUCUUACGGAUAUCUUAAAGCUGGAUGUCCCUGUUUAAUUGGUAUGCUUUGGAAUGUCAUAAGUUUAGAUACUGAUAAUAUAGCCCGAGCAAUGCUUAAUAUAUGGCUUCCUGGUAACCCCAUAAAUCUUUCAAAAUUAUGGCCCAAGGAUUUUAUAGAACCUUGUGAAAGUUAUAGAGAGCGUGAGUUAUUACGUACAUUAGCUGUUGCUAGGAAAACAACUAGGAGUUUUUUUAACAAUGCUGCUUUAAUUGCAAGAGGUAUACCUGUUAUUAUUAAAGAAUAAAUUUUUUAAAUCAACAGAAUUUAAUGUCUAAUAUCGGUUAAAUGUAUUAUAUUAAAUAUUUUAUUACUAAAUUAUAACAAAGAACCAAUUGUUUUUAUACCACUUAUAAGUUAUUAGGUUAUAGAAUGAAUUUUUUUAAUUGUUUCACUAUUUUCAAUUAAAAAGUUGUAAAUAAUAAAAUUAAAUAAAUACAAAAUUAAUAUACCUGAUCAAA